AGCGUUUCUGUGUACUAUUUUUGUUUAUUUUUUUUUGGGAGAGUUGAGACUUGUUUUAUCGCCAAGUUAAAAGAUAGUCAAAAGCUUCCACUCUUCUGUAAGAGUCUUUAAGAGAGCCGCCUAAGAGAUAAGACCGUAAGCUUCGAACUACUUUUGGAUGGAGGGCCAUUGUCAGUGACGAUAAAAGUGCCCGCGGAUCAAGUUGGGUCGCAAAACUUUCCACACCCCGGCAGCGCCACGCAUAGAUAGUCCGCCAGAGAUAAGUUGACCCCAUCUGGCAGAACAACAACAAUAACACCAAGCGAGAACCACUGAGCACCAUGUUGUCACAGCGUUUGCGGCUUGGCCGGGGUUUGGUUAAUUACGGAGCUAGCGGCCGCCAGAGCUUGAGAAACUUUGCAGCCGCUGCUGGCGAUGAUAACAACAACAACAACAACAACAACAAAAGCAGCAAUGAUAGCGUCGACGAACGUCACCCGCUGCAGGGUAUCCGGAUUUUGGACCUCACGCGCAUUAUCGCCGGCCCCUAUUGCACCAUGGUGCUGGCGGAUCUUGGGGCGGAGGUCAUCAAGGUGGAGCGGCCUCACUAUGGCGACGAGGCCCGCAAGUGGGGUCCACCCUUUCUGGAGCAUAGCCAGGAUGCAGCCUACUUUCUGGCGCCCAAUCGCAACAAGCGGAGCGUUUGCAUCGACCUGAAGCGAGGCACGAAAAUGCUUCAUAAGCUGGCCGAGAUGAGCGAUGUGCUGGUGGAGAACUAUGUACCCGGCACUUUGGAUCGUUACGGCUUGGGCUACGAGCAGCUGCGUAAGGUAAAUCCCAAGUUGAUUUAUUGCUCUCUGACCGGCUAUGGCUCUGUGGGGCCGUAUGCCAAGCGGCCGGGAUACGAUGUAAUAGCUUCUUCCGUUGGCGGCCUGCUGCACAUCACAGGGGAGCGCGAUGGACCGCCCAGCAAGGUGGGCGUGGCCGUGACGGACAUUUCCACUGGACUGUACGCCCACGGCGCCAUCCUGGCAGCUCUCUAUCAGCGGACGCGCACACAACGCGGCCAGAAGAUUGAUGUGGACCUCCUCUCCACCUGCUGCUCGCUGCUCAUUAAUGUGGGCAGCAAUUACUUGAAUGCUGGAACCGAAGCUAAGCGAUGGGGCACCGCCCACUCCAGCAUUGUCCCGUAUCAGGCUUUCAAGGCAAAGGAUGGGUAUCUCACACUCGGCGCCGGAAGCGAUGCUCAGUUCAAGGAUCUGUGCCGACGCUUGCAGGUGGAACACUUGUCCGAGGAUCCGAAAUUCAAGACCAACAAGGAUCGUGUCCAGAAUCGUGAGGAGAUUGUUUCGAUCUUGGAGAAAAUCCUCUCCAAGGACACUGCCCACAACUGGAUGAAGGUUUUCGAGGGGGCACCCUUUCCCGUGGGACCCGUAAACAACAUUGGUCAGGUGUUCGAGGACGAGCACAUCCAGGCUAUUGGUCUGGUCAAGACCUUGCCGCACCCGAAAGAUGACUUUGUGAAGGUAGUCGGUCCACCAGUCGUUUUUAGCGAAGCUCGCAACGAUGCCCGGACAGCUCCACCAAUGCGGGGACAGCACACGGAUGAAGUGCUGGGGGAACUAUUGGGUUACGGCCGGGAGGAGAUAGCCAAGCUAAGGGAAGAUGACAUUAUCGAGUGAGUCAGGCAGUGUUCCUUUUAUCUACAAUGUUUUUAGAGGUAAAGGUAAAAUAUAAAAUGUAAUUAUGGACAAAUCUCAGUUGUUUUUCCUUUGAAAACCUUAGGAAAAUCUAAUAUUAUUAAUAAUAAUCAUUAAAAAUCUUAUACGCUUUACCAAAUAUAUAAUCUUUGUACUAAGCA